AUGUCCAUCAUUCGAUCUGUGAUAAAGAAUGAAGGCGUCGAGUCUCUCUGGCGUGGUGUCUCACCAAGUAUAAUUGGUGCUGGCUUCUCAUGGGGUCUAUACUUUCCAAUUUAUGAGCAUUUCAAGCGACAACUUCAAUCACACUAUGGCAACGCUGUCCCUCAGUACCAGUAUUUCUUUACUGGAUGUUUGAGUGGUGCUCUAGUUCUUACGUUGACAAACCCAAUUUGGGUUUGUAAGACGCAGCAGUGUCUCCAGUACGAAGAAGGAGCAUUGAAGCGUUCAAAGGAGACUUUUGCACAGACUUUAUAUAGACUAUACAAUAUGGAAGGCUUGAGAGGGUUGUAUCGUGGAUACUAUGCUGGUUUGUUCGGAACUAUACAUGGCGGUGUUCAAUUUUUCUUCUUGGAACUCUUCAAAACGCGUCUCGGGGUGACGAAACAGAACCAAACCAACUUUCAAAUGCUUGCCUUGCCUGCUGCAUCGAAAAUGAUAGCUGGAACAUUGUGCUAUCCACAACUACUCAUUCGAUCGCGCAUGCAAGACCAGCAUAGGAUCUACAAUAGUAUGAGAGAUUGCAUACGACAUACAUUUCAGCACGAAGGAUUCAAAGGAUUUUACAAAGGCCUAUCUACAAAUUUAUGUCGAACUAUACCUAGCUCCGUGAUUACAUUUUAUACAUACGAGUACCUUACAAAGAGAUAG